CAAAUGAGUGGUCCAUAAACAACGUGACGAUAUAGCAAACAAUUGCAAGAGUUUUGUCGUGUUUUGCCAUUUAUUUGACAAUUGAUUGACAACUUUAACAACAAUUAAGAUAUUAAUUGACACAAUCAGUGGACAAAUAGACAUCAAAGACAUGGCAACCAAUACAGCGGCCAAUUCUACGGAUCGUUCGUUGCGAUCUGUUUUCGUCGGUAACAUUCCGUACGACGCGACAGAAGAGAAACUGAAAGACAUUUUCUCAGAAGUCGGACCUGUCAUUAGCUUUAAGUUGGUUUACGAUAGAGAAUCUGGAAAACCAAAAGGAUAUGGUUUUUGUGAAUAUAAAGAUCAAGAAACAGCUCUGUCGGCGAUGAGAAAUCUCAAUCAAUACGAACUCAAUGGUCGUAAUCUUCGGGUCGAUAAUGCGACCAAUGAACGACUCAAAGAAGAGAUGCGUAACCUUCAGUUGUCAUUAAGCGGUGCCGCUUUUGAAACCCCAUACGGACCCGAAGUAGACCCCGAUAAAGCUCCCGAAGCCAUUAGCAAAGCUGUGGCCAGUCUUCCGCCCGAACAAAUGUACGAAUUGGCUAAACAGAUGAAACAAUGCAUACAAACAAAUCCAUCUGAAGCAAGAAAUAUGUUAAUACAGAAUCCACAGUUGGCCUAUGCUUUACUACAAGCACUGGUUGUCAUGCGAGUGGUUGAUCCACAAAUGGCAAUGUCUAUACUUCAUCGUCCAAAUCCUAAUCCACCACAAGUUCUUAUGCCUCAACCGGGACCACAACAGCUUAUUCCUCCACCACAACAACCAAUGUUUGAUUCAUAUCCACCACAGCAACGACCCGUUCCUUUGCCCCAACAAAUGCCGCCACAACAACAACCUUUUGAUAAUCGAAUGCAUGAUCCGAGACUUAGAGAUGGAACACCUUUUGAUCGUUUUGGUCCUCAAACUGGUCCAAUGAACGCACCAAUUCCUCCGCAAAACUUGGAUCCAAGAACGCGACCAAUUGAUCCAAGAAUUCAAGGGCAAAUGACGUCACAGAAUAUUAGAGGUGGUGCCAACUCUGGUGCACCAAUUGGUAUGAAUCGCGGCGCUGGUGGCCAACAGUUUGGUGGAUCUAAUAUUCAAUUACCUCCUAAUUUUGGUUCAAUGGCACAACCGGGCGCCACCAUGACUGCCAGUCAGGAGCAAGAAAAGGCACAAUUAAUAAUGCAAGUGUUGGCACUGUCUGACCAACAAAUAGCUAUGUUGCCCACUGAACAACGGGACAGCAUUUUGCUACUCAAACAACAAAUUCAAAGAGGAAGUACUUGAGUUAUAACAUGUCUUCAAUUUAGAUAAAUAUUUUGUCACAUUAUAACACUUUUCAAAUAAUUGUCAAAUUUAUUUAAUUGUCAUAAUU